AUGCCGAACUGCAGUCAGGUCAAGAUCCUGCUAGAAACAAGUUCCUUUCUGAUAUACAAUGAAGAUCAUAACAAAUGUGUGGUUGCAAUCAGUUCCAGCUCUGUCCAGACUUCUGCGUGCAACCCUAGCACCAUAUCACAGCAGUUCAGAUGGGUCUCAGGUGACAGACUGGUCAGCCUGUCAUUGAAAUUAUGUCUAGGAACGCAACGAAAGGGAGACUGGGUUCAAGUCUUGCUGUACCUCUGUGAUGAGAAGAGUGAACAGCAGAAGUGGGAGUGCAGGAAUGACACUUUAUUUGCUAUCAAGGGAGAAGACUUAUUUUUCAAUUAUGGAAACAAAAAUGAAAAAAAUGUCAUGCUGCAUAAAGGAUCAGGAGUUUGGAGCAGAUGGAAGAUAUAUGGAACCAAGGACGAUUUAUGCUCCAGGAGUUAUGAAGAUAUAUUUUCAAUAGGAGGGAAUUCAAAUGGAAUUCCAUGCCAGUUCCCUUUCAAGUUUCUACAAAAGUGGUAUGCUGACUGCACCAAAGAGGGCAGGUCUGAUGGUAAUCUUUGGUGUGCAACAACAACAGACUACGAUAAAGACAACAAAUGGGGCAUGUGUCCAACAAAAAGUGAGUCUGGUUGGGACACAGACCCUGUAACUGGAGUGCUCUACCAAAGAAACACCCAAGCAGUUCUGACCUGGCAUCAAGCAAGGAAAAGCUGCCAGCAGCAAGACUCUGACUUACUAAGUGUUAUUGAGCUACACAAACAAACAUAUCUUACAGGCUUAACCAGUUCUUUGAGCACUCCACUGUGGAUCAGACUCAAUAGUUUGGAUUUUGACAGUGGCUGGCAAUGGAGUAAUGGUAACCCAUUCAGAUACUUGAACUGGGCACCUGGCUGCCCCUCUUCCCAGUCUGGUCUGAACUGUGCUGUGAUGAAUCCUGGAAAAGGUGCCAAGUGGGAAGACAAGGCUUGUUCCAAUAAGCUAGGUUACAUCUGUAGGAAGGGGAAUGCUACUAACUUGAUACCCUCAGCGUCAGUGAACGGUCAGCUCAGUUACUGUUCUAAUCACUGGGUGCCGUACGCAGGGCAUUGCUAUUACUUGGAAAGAUCGAAAAAAAUAUGGAAGGAUGCUUUGGCCGCAUGUCACAAGGAUGGUGGAGAUCUUGCCAGCAUCCACAAUAUUGAAGAACACAGCUUUGUUACUUCACAGCUUGGAUAUUGUAUGUAUACACUGGACCUCUGGAUUGGAUUUAAUGACCUGAAAGUGCAAAUGCUGUUUGAGUGGAGUGAUGGAUCACAAGUGACAUUCACCAAAUGGCACACUGGAGAACCAAGCCAUUCUUCUAACCUCCAGGAGGACUGCGUUCUCAUGAAAGGAAAGGAUGGCAAAUGGACAGAUCAUGUCUGUGAAAAGCAAUAUGGAUACAUUUGCAAGAAAAAAGCCACAUCCAAGCCACAUGGUGCUUCCGAGAUUGUGGAACAGGGUUGCAAGAAAGGUUGGACCAGAUAUGGCUUUUACUGCUAAUAUGUGGGAUCUGACAUGCAGUCUUUUAUAGAAGCAAACCAGACUUGCAAAUGUAAAGCCUCAAACCUGGUUACUGUUGAUGACAGAUAUGAACAUUCCUAUCUAAUUAGCCUGGUUGGACUAAGGCCUGAAAAAUAUUUCUGGCUGGGUUUGUCAAACACGGAAGAUCGGGAUACAUUAAGUUGGACAACUGGUCAAGAAGUCAGGUUUACUCACUUUAAUGUCAACUUACCAGGUGCAGUAUUACAUUACAUAUUAUUUCACUGUAAGAAAAACAAUGACAGGAAAUGGGUCUGUUCCAUUGACUUUGUUUUUUUCACACUGAUGUCAUAUGAAAACUGGGGCUAUGGAGAACCCAAUAAUUAUAAUAAUGCUGAGCUUUGUACUGAAAUGUCACUUUUCUAUCCGUUCUCUUGGAACGACCGUCACUGUGAAAGCUACACAAACUGGAUUUGUAAAAUUCGUAAAGGUAACGUUUAUCAGGUCAUCGUCAUCGCAUCUGUGCUCAGAAGGAAAUGUUGCCAUUUAUACAGUCAUGGGAUUCGAACUUUGUUAAAACCCGUCCCCACAAUGUCUGAACCAGAUUCCACAGAAGAUGGCUGGGUUGUGUACAAUGGAUCUCAGUACCAUAUUAAUACCAAAUUGCUUCCUAUGCAAGAAGCUAGAACUUUCUGUAAGAAGAAUUUUGGUGAUCUGGCAGUAAUACAAAGUGAAUCUGAAAGAAGGUUUUUAUGGAAACUGAUCUCAAGGGAUGACAAUUAUGACCAAUACUACAUCGCCCUAUCUGUUGGUCUUGAUAAAACAGUCCAGUGGAUGGAUGGAUCUCCAGUGACCUAUGUGGCUUGGGAACAGCAUGAACCUAAUUUUGCAAAUAAUGAUGAAAACUGUGCAACAAUGUAUAGAAGCAUGGGAUUUUGGAACGAUAUCAACUGUGGCGAGUCAUUUCCUUCUAUAUGUAAAAGAAGUGAAACUUUUGUUAAUACCACCAUGGGUACCACAGUUCCUCCUGUCGGAGGAUGUCCGGCUGACUGGUUAUCAUAUCAGAAAAAGUGCUACAAAAUGUUUGGCAUGAAUGAUGCUGACCGAAAGACAUGGACAGAUGCAAGAACUCUCUGUAUUAACCAGGGUGGAAAUUCGGUUUCCAUUGCAAAUGCAAAACAGCAAGCGUUUCUUACAUCUAAACUUCUGGAUUUGCCUGUGGAUGUAUGGAUUGGGUUAAAUGACAUCAAUGCAGAGAUGCACUUCCUCUGGACUGAUGGGAUGAUGGUUUACUACAUUAACUGGGCUAAAGGCUAUCCAGUUUCAAUGCCUCAGGGUAGAUUUACUUAUGGAGAUGAGGAAUAUGACUCUGUAAUUAUGACAAGUGGGUUGAACUCCAAACUGGCUGGGCACUGGAAAAAUGAGGAUUGUCUUGCAGUGAAAGGCUUUAUUUGCCAAAAAAAAUAUGAUCCUAAUUUCAGCAAACCACCAACGACAGCAGCGCCCAAGGGUUAUGUCCAAUUUGGCACAAGCUCCUAUAGAAUAAUAAAGCAAAAGUUAAAGUGGGAUGAGGCUCGGAGACAAUGCAAAGCAGAAGAUGCAGAGCUGGCCAGUAUUUUGAAUCCUAUGAUACAGUCCUUCAUUAUGCUACAAGCAGAAAAAUAUGGAGAACCAUUGUGGAUUGGAUUAAACAGCAAUGUAACUGAAGGAUAUUUUAGAUGGACUGACAGCUGGAGACUGAGUUAUUCCAGAUGGGCGCCUACAGAGCCUAACAAUAACAUUGCAUGUGUUUACAUCGACAACGAUGGAACAUGGAAAACGGCUCCCUGUAACGACACUUACUAUUCAGUGUGUAAACAGAGUAGAGAUAAGACACCAACACUAUAUAUCCCUCCAACUGACCCCCCUCAGUUGGCUGGUAAAUGUCCAGAACCAAAGAAAAGAAAAGUGUGUCCCUUUCGUGGCCACUGCUAUUUAUUUCAGUCUGCGUCCAUUGAUAACUGGCCCCAUGCUUCCAUGGAAUGUCUACAGAUGGGCGGUGCUUUGCUGAGCAUUGAAGAUGCUGCCGAGGCUAGAUUUAUAGAAGAAAACAUUGAAAUACUGCAGGACAGGGUGAAAUCCUUCUGGAUAGGACUGUACAAAAAUGUGGAUGGGAAUUGGUUAUGGAUCGACAACUCUGUGGUGGAUUAUGUGAACUGGAAUUCAGGAGAAUCUGGAAAAAGCAAAGAUUGCGUUGAGCUUCAUACUGUCAGUGGAAAGUGGUACAAUCUAAAUUGUAACUCUUAUAGAGGAUACAUCUGUAAAACAUCAAAGAUUAUUGAACAAACUGAGAAACCCCCAUCACAGGAAGCUCGCAAACCUGAAGAAAAAUCAACGCAAGAUUACAGUGUGAUUGUGGUGUCUGUGGUGCUCCUUAUCUUAACAGGAGCUGGACUGGCAGGCUUUUUCAUUUACAAGCGGGGGUGUAAUCCUCCAUCAGAGGAGAGCAACUUUGACAAUACGCUUUAUUUCAAUAUUUAAACUUCACUUGGAAUAAAUGACACCAAAGUCCUAGUAGCUAAUAUUGAGCAGAAUGAACAAGCAAGCAUUUAGGUUAUAUACAAAUGCAUACUCAUGUGUGUACUGUCAAGAACACUUGACAUUUUAACCCCUCUGCAAUUGCCUUUUGUUCUAAACACUUUAGAACAGAAAUGACAACACCUAAGUCACAGAUGCUGUUUCUUUUCCUGUGGAUUAGUUUAAAACCUGUCUAAUGUAAAACCCAACAUACUAAGUACCUACUACUAAAGAUACAAUUGCAAUGAGUCCCGUUUUAGUAUAGCAUUGUGCUGAUAAUAUUCUAAGAAUAAGUUUUAAAAACACAGUGCUCAGUAACAUAUGUUGGGUUAAACAACGUAUCAUUGGGAAGAAAAAGAUGUACAGGCAGUUUCUAAUACAGUGCUCACUCUUUAUAACGCUAUAGUGGGGAGCCAUAGUUACAAACUACUAAAAGGGCUACUGUAAUGGCAUUGUGAAGCAAACGGGAGCCACGGCCCUGCCAUGUUAUAACCGAUUCCGUGCUGUAACGAGGCGUGUUAACGGGAGAGCACUGUAUUGA